GCCACGCCACCUCGAUGAGGAGCGGUAGCAGCAGCAGCAACGCCGGCUCGGCGCCCAGGAGGAGGCCGAUGAGCGACCUCAUCGGCGCCGGCGCCAGCGCCAGCGCCAGCGACGACCUCUCCCGCUACUCGGUCGCCACCACCACGGCCUCGUCCGAGCGUUCGUCCGGCAGCAGCGGCCGCGGGGCCGCCGCCUUCCUCGACGCCUUCCGCUCCUGCUUCGCCCCCGGGGACGCGCGCUCGCCGGAGACCUCCCUCUCCGACGUCGACUCCGACGCCUCCCACCAACGAUCGGAUCUUUGCAGGUGCACUGUUUUGUGUACUGAUGUGUACGGCAAUAACAGCACAAGAUGCAGCAUUCUCCUCUUGAGCCUUAGUUUAAUCAGAUGUCUACAACACACUCUCCAUCACCAUCAGACUCGCAGUCGCUGAGCUCUCAAGGUUCUACCAGCGGGAGCACUUUCGAGAGCAGGAGAUCAGCCAGAGGGCUGUAUGGCUCCACCCUCAGGAAUUCUUCAGAAAGGGAGAUACCUGGAGACAGAAAGUUCACCUUACCAGAGAUUCAGAAAGCAACGAAGAACUUCUCGCCCAACCUCAAGAUUGGGCAGGGUGGUUCUGGGACAGUGUACAAGGGUCAGCUCAGCGAUGGCACCCUCGUCGCCGUCAAACGGGCCAAGAAGAAUAUGUAUGACAAGCACAUGGGCCACGAGUUCCGGAACGAGAUAGAGACGCUGCGAUGCAUCGAGCACCUGAAUCUGGUACGGUUCCAUGGGUUCCUUGAGUUUGGUGGUGAGCAGUUGAUCAUUGUGGAGUAUGUUCCCAAUGGCAAUCUUCGAGAGCACCUUGAAGGUCUGAAUGGAAAAGUCCUGGAGUUCUCUGUGAGGUUGGAAAUCGCGAUCGAUGUGGCCCACGCUAUCACCUAUCUUCACACCUACUCUGAUCAGCCGGUCAUCCACAGGGACAUCAAAUCCUCAAACAUUCUUCUCACAAACAACUGCCGAGCUAAGGUCGCUGACUUUGGAUUUGCGAAACUGGCUCCGACUGACGCCACCCAUGUCUCUACUCAAGUCAAAGGAACAGCAGGGUACCUUGACCCAGAGUAUCUCAGAACAUACCAGCUCACUGAGAAGAGUGAUGUCUACUCCUUCGGAGUGCUGCUAGUGGAGUUGGUUACUGGGAGGCGCCCGAUCGAACCAAAGAGGGCGAUCGUCGAACGUGUCACAGCAAAAUGGGCAAUGGAAAAAUUCUCGAAGGGCGAUGCGAUACUAACACUGGAUCCGAAUCUGGAAGUGAACGACGCGACCAACCUGGCGAUCGAGAAGAUGUACGAGCUGGCCUUGCAAUGCUUAGCUCCCAAGAAGAGGAACCGGCCGAGCAUGAGGCGGUGCGCAGAGAUCCUGUGGAGUAUACGUAAAGAUUACAGGGAGCUGGCUCGACCAACCUCCUCUUGAACCAAAGCAGCUCAUACGGAGCAAUCAAGAAAACAGAAUGCAACAACAUCCCAGUUUGCCUCACUUCAAUUCAAAGCUAGCAUGGAGGUGUGGAUCAACCGACCGCUGAGCUACGGGCUGCCAAACUGUCAAUGGGACCUGUGGCCUUCCUAGAAAUUGUGUGCUUAUUAGGUAUCAGCUAGGAAGAGUUACAUUGAAGUUCCUCCUACACAGCUGUACACGUAGAUAGUCGCCUUAGCAAGCACAAGCAAUUUCAAAUAUGACUUGAAUAUACGAUGGUGUCUGUAUGUUGUAGAAGAAAGAUGAUUUCUGAGGAGAGCAUGCAUUUCCCAUGUAUUAGAUGCGUUCUCCUGUAUAUGAUGAACAAAAUUCAACAGCAGUGGCAUAUCUUACUUUUUGGGUGUUUGUGUGCGUCAUCGUCAAUGUUUUUGGCAUAGUAGUGCAGAAAA